AGCCGUCCAGCGUUCUGUGUAUCCGCAUACCGCUGUUUGUAGGGGCGGUCAACGCGCUGUCUGCUCGCGCGUCGUUAACCGUUAUUUUCUAGUCGUCGGCACUUGUGUCUGUGUUGUGCAACUGACUGCAACUAUCGCCCGCAGUGGCCUUGACGCACGCGCGUCCCAUGAAGAAAGCGUGUGACAGUCGCGGCAUUGUGACAACUGAGGGCGUGGGCUGCACAAGUUCGAGCUUCUCGUGUCCGUCGUUCAGAAUUUGAGGGAUGUCGCAAUUUUCUGCAAAACGUUACGGCACUGCUGGAUAUCCUUCGGACGACGCCGUGAUUGAGCUGGAGCUGCUGUGGAGGCCCAUCUUUGAUAAGUAUGAUCGUGACCUCGACGGCGAGAUUCCGCUCGAGGAUAUCCUGCAGCUGUUGCACGAAAAAAAUGAGGAACUUCAGCACGACAUUCCUCCAAGCGUCCUCGAGGAAAUCGUCGAGAGAGCCGACUGGGAUUCCAACCGAAAACUUUCUUAUGCAGAAUUCAAAAGAAUGGUACACGCCUCUGACUUGGCUGAACACAGACCACGGUUCCUUAGAUUGGUUCGCUAUGCUGCAAUGGCAGUUGUUCCUAAAAGACAGCGAGCCACAGUGGUGCGUCGAUACUUUGAAGAGUAUAGCUGCAUGCCACCACCUCUCUUCGUGAUCACUGUCAGUCUCAUUGAGGUUGCCGUGUUCAUCUAUUACUGCGUGACCCUCGGAGAGUUCACAGCCACAGGCCCAGUGCCAAGGGACAGCCCACUCAUCUACAACCCGCGACGCCGAAAAGAAGCUUGGCGUUACCUUACGUACAUGUUAAUACAUGUUGGUGGCUUCCACAUCUUUUUCAACCUUCUUGUUCAGCUCAUGCUUGGAAUUCCACUUGAAAUGGUCCACAAGUGGUGGCGGGUCAUGCUUAUCUAUGCUGGCGGAGUCGUGGCUGGAUCACUGGGAUCAUCACUGUCAGAUCCACAAGUUUUUCUUGCUGGUGCUUCUGGCGGCGUGUAUGCCCUCAUCGCAGGUCAUCUUGCCACACUUAUACUGAACUUCAAAGAGAUGGACUUUGCCUGGGUUCGCGUCCUGUUCCUAACGAUAUUUGGCAGCACGGACGUGGGGGUCGCCGUGUACACACGCUAUAUGGAGGAAGACGAGGAUAACCGUGUGAGCUAUGCCGCUCACUUGGCGGGGGCCACGGCAGGCCUCCUGCUUGGCCUGCCCCUGCUGCGAAAUAUUGUCGUUCAUCGCUGGGAGGUGAUCACGGGGCGGGUCUUCUUUGCCGUGUUUGUCGUGCUCAUUCUCGCCGCUGUCCUAGUAAACGCCCUUUACCAGGAGUACUUUCCAAAGUCGGAAAUGUGAAGGAACGACCCCAGAGUACUGUGGCGAGUUUAUUCGCUGAAGGUAAGUGCACAGGUGAUUCUCGCUGUUCGUAGGAGGCUGUCGCCUUUCCUGCUUGAAAGAAUGGCCAACCAGGAGUUUAGUGGGGACAGAAAUGCCUCGAGCGAGGCCUUUCUCGAAUAAUCGAAGGCCUAGUUUUACCUGCCGUGAUUGCUUAGUGGCUAUGUGUUGGGCUGCUAAGCACGAGGUCACAGAAUCGAAUCCCGGCCACGGCAGCCGCACAUCGAUGGGGCUAAAAUGCGAAAAAAAACCAGUGUACUUAGAUUUGGGUGCACGUUAAAGAACCCCAGAUGGCCCUAAAUAUUCCGGAGUCCCCCACUAUGGCGUGCUUCAUAAUCAUAUUGUGGUUUUGGCACAUAAAAUCCCAUAAUUUGAGUCAAAUUUUUUUCAAAAGCCUGGUUGGAUAAGGUCUGGCAUUGCUGCAAAGAAAAAGCUAUGCUCACUGCCUCUAAUGUGUACGACCAUGAGAACGUGUGUGUUUAUCUUUGUUUUGAGGGAUGAAUAUGCUUUUUCUGAUUGCAAAGAGAAAUGUGGCAUCUCGUGCACUGUCCAGCUAUUUGUACUGUCAGUCUUUGCCAGCUCAGUGCUAUAUUUCUUCAGUGGUGCUUGUCUAUUUUAUUGUCAGCUGUCCAUGCUUCUGGAAGCCAGAAGAUGUCACAAAAACUGAGCAGUACGGGUGGCUAAUUGGCAACAGGUUUGCCAUUGAUUGUGUAGAUUUUAAGAAAAUGGAGUCAUCGCACUGCAUGUUUCCCGCUCUAUCUUAGGCAACAUACAGUGGCCUGACUGUACUGCAAUGUAUCCUGUGUACUACCAAAAACCAGUGAAUCUGUCUUAAGUGAAACAAUUCUAGGUAAAAAGAGCCGUAUGUCUUUCAUUGCUGGAGCACCUCAGCAUGGUCAGAUUUGUGCAGACUGAAGCAUAAUUUGAACUCAAGGUCACUGUUAUCACACUGUGUGUGUGCCCCAGUCCUGCUCAUUCAUGCAAGCACAUUUGUUGCACCAACUGGAACCCCAAAGCUUGAGCCCUUAUUAAACAAUCAAUGACAGAUGUCAUUGCGAAGCUGCAAAAAUGUGCCAUCGAAAACUGCUCCUUUCUGUCACUAGCCUACAUGUUAUGGUGCUACUGUCAGCUCAGAAACUUUCGAUGGCAGCUCGUUGUAAAGGGAAUUGGGGUUAAAGAUAGAAAAGCUCUACCAUAGUUAGGUGCAACAAGAUCCAGAUGAGUAUACAUUGUCUACACGCUUUUUCCAAGCUAUAUGUAACUUUGAAGAACAACACAUGAAAAGUAACUUUUUAAAACUUGUCACUGAAUCGUCAUGCCUCUCAAGAAGCCAUGGGCCAGUAUACCGUGAUGCAGCGAACCUAUUUCAUAAGAGUUAGCACCCCUAACAGCAGUGUAUGAGCAGCUGUUCUUCUUUCAUACUCGGGGUGUCUAGGGGCUUAUUAUCACUUUUGAAAGUUGAUAGUAUAACAAUGCUUGUGCUGAUGAACACCAAAAUAUAAUUGGAUAUGACACCUUUGCCUAUUUUGAACCAUGUGUAUUUUUUCACAAGUUUAUUGGGGGAUUCAUUUGACAUGGUUGAACUUAUUGGAAAGCUGUGAUAAUAUCCAGUCCACCAUUGCACUUUCGGAAGAUUAUUAGGUGUUACCAUAGAAGAUAAAGUGAGGACUUUGAAUGCACACUGUCCAUUUUUCAACUACUACUUGUAAUUACCUAUGUGCCUUGCAGAAUCAGAACGCAAUUUUUUUUUGCUUUCUGCAAAAAUGAGCAAGCACUUUUUGCUACGUGCUAGCUUCAAGCAGCCCUAGCCAUGCCUACAUAAGCGCUGAUGACUUUCAAUAAUUUAUCUUUGGCUGAAUUAAUCUGCUGAAAACGUUUCUCCACCUUGUUUUAUUCAGACAGAUGCAGGAAAUGAAUACAGUUCUCACUGACGCGAAACUCUUUUAUUUCCAUGUUUCUUCCUUAGUUGUGUUCAGUUUUAACCCGCCAUGGUGGCAUAGUGGCUUUGGUUUUGGCAUGUAAAAUGCCAGAAUUUAAUUUAGUUACAAUGAAUCUUGGCCCUUUUGAUGAUGUUUUAUUUCUGAUUAGCCGUUCAUUACUCUUUAUUCUCCUCCAAAACACAGUUAGAUCACAGAGCAAUCUGAAUUGUUACCAGUCAGACUUGUACUGGAAAUUUCGUGAUGUCAGCACAUCGAACCAUUUUACAUGGCUUCUUCUUUUUAAAACCUUUUUUCUCCCUCUUCUGCUUCUUGUAAUGUUGUUCGAAAGCAAAGAGGUGACACAUUUUUCUAUUGUUGUAUGCUGUGGUGCUAAACAUACCAGUAUGUACACGGUGUGAGGAUUUUAUAAAGAAAGGUUUCUUGCCUUUGCCAAAGUUAAAUUAUGGCGAGUGUUGUAAGUAGCACAGACAAAUAAUCUAGUGAGAAGCAUUUUUAACGACAAUUAUUUGUGUUGCUGUUUGUGUCUUCAUGCUUGUUGUCAUAGCAUACGAUGUCAAGGAGUUACAGUGACAAUCAUUAGGCAAGCCAUGAAAUGUGUUUAAAGAUUCGCAAGUAUCUGUCCGGUGCAUUGAAUAUUUCAUCACUCUUUUAUAGUGCUUUGCAGUAGAAGACACGUGUUUUUAUCAGAUGUCAGAAAUGUUAAAAUGCAAAAAUGAAAGCAGGAUUACUCAGUCAACCUGUUUUUCCUGUCCAUACUUCAACACAGCUGCUCACAGAUGUUGGCAAGAAAAAGUUUAUUUUCAACACAAUUGCGUGUUGCUCACUUUUUUAUGUGUUCUGUUGUCAAGCUAGUCUCACUACAAUCAUGAUGGCAAAUAGUGCAAAGAAAUUUAACUUUACUUCUCUUGGGCGCAAUAUAUAUACAGUGAAAACAAAAAAUUUUUAAUGCAUUCGGAUCAAUAGUUCAAGCUUAGUUGAAAUUCAUUACAAAAUUUUGUAAAGGAAAAGAAGCAGUGAUACAAGUAGCAAAUUUGGCAUACUCAAUACUAAGCAUGUCACUUUACAUAAGAAAAAUAAUAUAUCCAAAUUUUUUGAAAUGCACGAUGUACAGUAGGCAGUACACAAAUGUGGAACAUUUUAAAGUAAAUGACAUGCAUCAGAAAAGGCCUGCACUCAAUGUAACCCUAAAUAGAGGAAUGGAGAUCAAUGUAAUACAGUUCUAGUGAUGUUUAAAAAUCAUCUGCCUGUUUUACUUCUGCAGGUAGACUGUUCUGCCUGGACUAUACCAACACUUAAAGUUCUUACCAUACACAUUGCAAACUUCUGGAAAUAGGAAAAAUUUGUUUUUUUUAGUGCACUGCUAGUAUUUAAUCUUCAGUCAGUAACCUUGCAGGGAGCACUCAUAUCCUGGUACGCAUGUGAAUAGAGCUUAUGUCAAGAUUCACUUUUUUGCACUGUUUUUGCCAUCAUGAACGCUCACUGUCUCAGUCAACAUUCUGUGCUCUCCACAGACAGCCUUCUUUAUUUUAUUUUAAAUUUUUUUAUUAUUUUUUUUUCUGUCAAAUGAACAAUUGCUCUGCAUCAGCGAUCGCUUGCACAUUUAUACUUGAAUCCCACAAUUUUCACUACUAUUUAGGAUGCCGCAGUUUGAUCGUUGUGCAACCUCUUGUGUCCAUUUCCUCUUGAAAUAAGAAAGAUGAUGGCCUUACUUAUAAUCACAUUGCUGUGAACAAUUUUGCAUCACGAAGCCAUCUUGUGUCAGGCUUCAUAACUUAACUUCAGGGUGGUGUUUGGUGCACGUUCUAACCAUUUUUGGUCAUGCACUGGUUGUGUUGCCGCCCAUCUUUGUAUGUCAUUGUGCGCUUUUUACAUGUUAACCUGAGCCUUUUUUAUCGUGAUAUUCAGCAUGCUAUCCAGUGGGCUCGUUCUAAACAAUUUUUUUGAAAAUAACUUAUUGCAAGUGCCUCUAUCCGCUUCACGAGUUAGUGCUUGUUGUCCCCAUUACAAGCUUCUUGUGCCGUUUGAUGUGUCUAAUCGUGCCUGUCUAAUGCCUGCCGCAGUAUAGCUCGGUCGCUCUGGUGUCCUGCUGCUGAGCAAGAAGUCAUGGUUUCGAUCCCUGCUCGCAUUGGCCACAUUUUAAUAGGGGAGAUCAUGUACCUAUAGUUAGGUGUGCACUAAAGAACGCCAGGCAGUCAAAAUUAUUCCUGAGUCACCCGACUACAGUGUCUCUCCUGUUGCUUUAGUACGUUAAACACCGUGAAUGGGUGAAUCAAUCAAUCAUGCUUAAAACUAAAGUCAAACCUCAAUGUAACAAAUUACUGGAUAUAACAAAGUAAAUCUAAAAAAAUUACUCACUUAUAUUAAUGCGUAGCAAAGAUGUGGUUGUAGUGAAUAUUGGCUAUAACGAAGGUAUUUUCGUGUCAAAUCCAACUUCAUUAUGAUGAGGUUCAACUUGAUAUUACUGAUUGAGGCUUGGCCUGGUUUGUACAUCGUACAAAAGUGUACUUUUUUGUGUCUUCGUGCCCCCCAUCUUUCCUGCACCGUUGAGUCUACUUUAUAAUUAAAGUAGUUUUCAGCAACAUGCACAGCUUUUCUGAUGCACACAUUCAUCAUUGUUUACUUUAGAAAACCUUUCAUUACUGUUGUCACAUUCUACCAGAAGCUUAUCUGAUUUGGUAGCAGCAUAUAAAGGAAAAAAUAACUCUUCCUUUCUCUAAUACGAAGUUGCAGGACCUCUACAAAGUUGCUUGUAUGAAAGAUUAGAAAAAGGUUUUAAGUAAACGCAAUGCCUAACAUAAAAUGGUAACAGGUAGCUUUGUAAUAAUUUAUGGCGUUUGAUGCCUCAAAUCUGCAUUGCUAGCUAUGAGAAAUGCCGCAGAGAGGUGGGGUGGAAAGUGCUGUUGAUUAAUGCUUAAUUAGCACUUGGGGUUACUUAGCAUGCAUCUGAAUUUAUUUUUAUGAGUGUUUUUGCAUUUCAAAUCCUUCAGACUAUGACAGCAAAACCAAGACGUGACCUAGCAACCUCGUAUGCAAGCAUAACAUAGCCACUGAGCUAUCAUUGUGGCUUGAGGAUGCUUUACCCGAGGUCAGCAAUAGAAUAUGUAGUUUCUCUUAAUGUUGUACUCUUUUCCUGUAUUUCAGUCUUGCAGGUAAUGCUUUGGCAUGGUACAUUUACCUGACUGUUUAACUAUUUGGACAAUUUUUCCCAUUUUAAUUUUCGGGAGCUUCUGCUAACACAAGAGUGCGGCUGUUGUACUAGUCUGUGCAGUAACUAUAGUGAACCUGAAUGCAAACCACAUGCAGUUCAUUAUAACGUUAAUUGCUUAUGCUAUUUUGUGAGAAAAAUUCAAAAGCUCUAAAUUAAAGUGAGGUUAUGAAGGGCAAGAAAGCACAUCGCUUUAUUUUUCUGCAGGAUCUGUUAUGUUACCUAAUUUACAUUCAGCCAUUGGUUGUGUCAGUGCAAUGUUGCACUAUCUGAUUGUGGCAAAACACAAGGAAAGGCUGAAAGACAUGCUUGUUUUCUGUAUAUGCAAGAAAAGAAAGGAUCAAAAGUGCUUUUGUAACUGCCUCCCUAAUACCUUUCAUCACUGGCUACGUUAAGCAGUGAAGCACUGAUUAGCCCAAACACGUGUGAAAUGCAUGUACUUUAUGGGUGAUACCAUUGGUCUCCAAUAAGAUGUGCCAUCUGGAGUUGUAGUACAUGCUGACGGGUCAAAAAAAAAUUGCAUGCUUUCCAUAGCACUCUUGUGUUCAUUAAUGCAUGCAAUAUGACCAGAGUACUGGGCCUGUAUAAUGCUAGGAUUCCUUUUGCCUGAUUAUAUUUCUCAUCCGCCAUUUAUGGUCGGCCAGUCCCAGUGAUAACGUGGGUGCAGUGCCGCUCGUACCACAGGCAAAACGUGAAAAGACUAGCAUUCGAAUAGAAUUGUUACAUUAUACUGGCCCUGGUCACGUCACUACAUAUGAGUCAUUGGCUGUGAUAAGUUGAGCUGCAAAUUAUCACCAAUGUUUUGUUCACUUUGUCUCGCAUCUGCACCAGAAGUAUAUAGUGCAACAAGGAAACUGGUUAACUGGUGUAUUUAUUGAUUCUGCAGCCCUGAUUCCAAGUAAAGUGAAAGAUUGAGUCAGUUAGUUUUGCAUUAAGAGAUUAUAUCAGCGCUAACUAAAACACGUUCACAAAGAAAGAGGCACACAGCGACCUACUUCCAAGUGCUUGCCAUGUACAGUACUGCACACUCUUAAAGGGGCUCUGAACCACUUUUUAUCGAAGUGGAGAAAGGCAUUUGAAGUCAAAAUAGGCCAUUUCAUAAAUACUUUGCCAUAAAAAGUACUAAUGUGGUUAUUAGAAGCAAAGUUAUUGGCAAUCAAACACGGCCUCCGCUGUGUUCCCGUUCCUUCUUCAACACCUGGCAAUGCGAAGGCUAUGGUGUGGUGGGGAGUGCCCGCAACGCUCUGCCUUCUAAAUUUCACCUUGGUGCGCAGUUCAAAUUUCAUUUUGGAUGUUAAGAUAGAUGCCAUGCCUUCUGAUUUUGGUGCCUACGAUCGCGCUAAACAUAAGCCAAACGUAGUUGUCCUCAGCGAGCUGUAGUGCGCUUAGGCAGUGGACUUGCGGCGGCACUCCGCGGCACUCCGCAGCACUCCGCGGUAUCUAUGCUGCCUAGCCGACCCUAGCUACCAAUAGCAGCCACGUAUGGGAAACCACUUUAUUACAAAAUAAAGCGUCCAGAAGAGAGUGAGGAGCAGGCUUCUGUUCUUAAAGAAAGCGUUUGAGAGAAAGGUGGCUUCACGCUCCGCUUGCAAGCUCCACAUGCCGCUUACAACAGCAAAACUUGGCUGAGCUGUUCACAGCAGUGUAUGCUACCCGUGAACAACGUUAUUUCACCAAGCCCGAAGGGUGGUUGAGGGCCCUUUUAAAAGAAACACCUAACUGGUAAUCAGAUCAAUGUAACUGCAGCAUUUCUUUAACUUUAACAAGAAAGAAUGGUUGAUGUGAUGCAUUAGUCAGGUGUACAUGCAGGGAAAAAAAUGAACUGCAGGCCUUCAUGCAAUAUCUCCACUAUAUCUCCAGAUAGAAUUCUAAUUACACUUGAGCCUCAUUAUAGCAAAGUCAUACCCCCCCAAAAGAAUACCCUUACAUUGCAUCUGAUAUUCGUUACUAGCGUAUAGUAUUUGUUACAUGAUGAUUUCAGCAAAACACAUUCUAUAUUUACUUUGUUAUAUUCAUGUUAAAUCAAGAUACGACUGUAGGCGUUCCCUUUAAGAGUAGACCGUACAGUAUUCGUGACACAUCCUUGCCACUUUAAUAUGAAGAAUGGUUCUCUUGAAUGGUUGGGUUGCAAGCAUACAUUGUACAUUUUUGCAUAGUAAAGACAGGUAAACCUGCUUGCGGAGCUAUGUUGUUGCACAAAUAAGUUUUGUACAUGUGAUCCCACUGCUAUGUGCUGAUGCAGAAGUCGGGCUGCUUUGGAAUAUAUGUCUUUCAUUGUUGCUGCCUGUUGCUGCUGUUUUGAUGCUCAAUGUGGCAGUUCUAUGACUGCUAUGUGUUUGGCUUGCAUGCCGUCAUAGUCUAAAAAAUCCUCAGGUAAAUCUGUCUUGUGUGCUCGGAUACAGUUAUGAUUGGACCUGUGUUCAUACCGGCCUCUUGUUUUGCCUGCUUGUUGUAGCGAACUUGUAUGUGUAUUUUAUGCUUACGCUGGCGGCUUACAGCAUUAAUAUUUGGCUUGUGAUUAUUGCUCUCAAAAGUUGUUUUUUAUCGUUGCUUAUCAUGUGUCUGAAGAUACGUGCUUUGUCAAGUGUUCAACCGCAUAUUGUUUGUCUCUGCAUGCAUGAAACUUGUUCACUUUCAGGUUGCAUUGUACUAAAAUGUGACUGCAUGUUUACAAGCACACAUUUAGCUCUCCAUUUACAGUAGUGUGUUUCUUUAUCAAGCCCUCAGUGUGUUAAAAUAGGGUCCAGGCUUGUUUUUUUACUUUAAGCGGCGAUCAUAUCUUAAGAUAAGAAACCGCAUUGCUAUAAAUUGUCAGAUGUUCAAAUUCACAAUGCGAAUGUGCAAAAGUUGUCUGCGCUGCUUGGUUCAAGAAUGCUGUGCACGUGGCCAUGGAAUGAACAAAUGUGUGUGCAAUGGCAGUACACCAUGGCACACACCGUCGAGAACUCCUGCUAACAUACUAAUGUAGACAAAAAAAGAACACGAAUGGGAUGGUGCUAACUAGAUUGUGCAUACCAUUUUCAUUCUGAGUGGCGCCAAUGUGAUUUUGGCAUUUACGCUCACCCACACAUAUUUUGUCACCAAAUACUUGGCGUGAAAUUGCAUACUCAUGUCAUUAUUUGUAGGCGGUGGUUUACUUAAUGCUCCUGAUAAAGGUAUUAUUUGUCUGCAGUACUCUGUAGUACUAGUGGCAGUCUGCAAAUCAGCCAGCAAACAUAUGAAGCUCACCUGUGGAAGUACUGGGCAUGAUGGUAGUAUAUAUUAUAUCAUUUCUUGUGAAAUUGUAUGGCCUUAAAUCUGCUACUAUGAUGAUACUAGUUGCAUUAAAAUAUAUUUAGCGUGCUAGCUCUGAUGCUUUUUUAACGCAACAACUUUACCGGAAAUGUACACUGCCACGAGGUAAAAAUUCAAAUGUGACAAUGAAAUAAUGGCUUGCAAUUGCAGAACAUAUUGUGGGAACCGUGGUCCAGCAGCUUCUUUCCUGCAGCCUAUCGCAACACUGUGCACCACCUCUUAAGUGUGUUCUAUAUAGGCUCUAAACUUGUUUUGUGUAUGUUGAUGUUUGAAAUAUAUAAGUUAAAUUGGA